AUGGACAGGCCAACUCUGCACUCGAAUUUCACUGGACCGUUCGCCGACAAAAAGACCACCACAUCGGCGGCCACCGCUACCACAGCAGCCACAACAGAAACUACCACAAGCUCACGGGCCAGUUCUAAUGCUAAUGCAAACGCCAAUGUUCUAUCUACAUCAGCAAUCCAAUACGAUCACGAAACCUAUCUGGAGCUCUUAGCCGGGCAAAGUACUCAUGUCGAAAAGACAGCUAGCCAAGUAUACAGAGAGGAACGCGCACGCAAGUUGAGUCUGAGAGCUCAAGAUCCGGCCGUUUUGACGGGUCCGUUGGAUUUGGAGAUUGAUGUCUUCGGGGGCGAUUCGACGCGGUAUGCGUAUAUGCAUGGGCAUGGGAAGGGGGAUGCGAACAGGAAGUAA